UUCAACAUUUUUCCGGCGAUCUUCAGCAGACAGCUCAAUUUUAACGCGUGUCCGCAAAAAUCCAUGAUGGACGAUCUCAGACCGAACCUCGUUGGCGUUGGAAACCUUCUGGGUGUCUCUGGACUGCUGGACGACCAUCACGGACAUCUUAUGAAUGGACCGACGAAUGCCAACGGGGAUAAAAACAACGGAAGGAAGUGCAAUACCAAUGGCUCAUCGACGGAAGAUUUUGCUUCUAUUUAUGGUAGCCUGCCACAUACCCAUGACCAUGUUCAUACACCUGCUCAUACGCCUCCAUCGGGAACUAGAAGCCUAACUGAUCAUACAGAUGGUGCUUUUAAAAAACUGAAACCGGAACCGGUUACCACUGGCACAGGAAACACGCUGGGCACUGUGAGUCCAUCGGGAGGACCACAACAUGCCGGUCACACGCCUACAACUGCUUCAUGUCCAACACCUGCCAGACGAAGACAUCGGACUACAUUCACGCAGGAACAACUCGCCGAAUUAGAAGCAGCGUUUGCUAAAAGUCAUUAUCCGGAUAUCUACUGCAGAGAAGAAUUAGCGAGGAGUACGAAACUGAACGAAGCUAGGAUACAGGUCUGGUUUCAAAAUCGUCGAGCGAAAUAUCGGAAACAGGAGAAGCAACUUCAAAAGGCAUUAGCUCCGUCGGUUCUGCCAGGAUGCAACGGCGCCAUGAUGCGAAACAUCUACCCCGGAGCUGCUAGAGGGUACCAACCCUAUCCUCAUCCGACGGCAAUCAACAGAUACCCUCAGAUGGCAACAAGUUCUUACCCAGGGAUGGGUCAAUCAUUUUCGAUGACCCAUAGUGCAAAUAUGUCCACCAUGCCCAGUAUGAGACAAGAUGGAGUCGGUAUGUCUGCAGAAGACGAAUGGUACAACAAGAGUUUAUCUGCACUGAGAAUGAAUUCGUCCCAUCAUCCCAACCUUGCAGCUCCAAUGCUUCAAUAUCAAACAUAA